AUGACCUCAACGACAGAAUCCUACACACCCCCACCCCUCCCCCCACCCUUCCACCACACCCCCUCCCACACCAUGACCCUAAUAACCCAAGGCGCCGAAGCUCACCUCUACAAAACGACCUACCUAUCACCGACCACCCCCGCGGCACUAAAAAUCCGCCCGACAAAGCCCUACCGCCACCCGAUCCUCGACCGGCGAUUGACGCGUGCUCGCGUCCUCCAGGAAGCGCGGUGCUUGGUGCGUCUUGUGCGCGAGGGGGUGAAUGUUCCGGCGGUGUUGGCGGUGGACUGGGAUAUCAACAACAAGAACAACAAUAAUGGGGUCAAGGAACAGGAUAAUGAGAUUGAGGAAGAGGAGAAGAAAGUCAAGGGGUUGUUGAGACGCAUUGGGGCUGCUGUUGGGGCGUUGCAUAAGGCUGGGGUGGUGCAUGGGGAUUUGACGACGAGUAAUUUGAUCUUGAGAGGUGCGGAUGAGGGUGGGGAUGGGGAUGGGGCUAGUCCUGAUAUGCAGGGUGAGGUGGUGCUGAUUGAUUUUGGAUUGGCGAGUCAGAGUAUUCAGGAUGAGGAUCGCGCGGUGGAUUUGUAUGUGCUGGAGCGCGCGUUUGGGAGUACGCAUCCCCGGACGGAGCCGUUGUUUGGGGAGGUCCUGGAGGGGUAUCGGGCGAGUUAUCGCGGGUCCGGGUCGGUGUUGAAGAGGUUGGAGGAUGUGAGGAUGAGGGGGAGGAAGAGGAGUAUGCUUGGUUAG